GGCGGCGGCGGCGGCGGCGGCGGUGGCGGCGACGGCGGCGGCAGCGGGUCGGUGUAGAAAAUGGCGCUGGUGCAGCGGCUCGGGCCUCUCCCCGCGGCGCUACGGAGGGCUUGAGGCUCGCGAGCCUCACUCGCCGCGCCCCACUUGCUCGUGCACUUUACACACAUGAGAGAAUUGGAAGCUAAAGCUACCAAAGACGUAGAAAGGAAUCUUAGCAGGGAUUUAGUGCAAGAAGAAGAACAGUUGAUGGAAGAAAAGAAAAAGAAAAAAGACGACAAGAAAAAGAAGGAAGCUGCUCAAAAGAAGGCCACUGAACAAAAAAUCAAAGUGCCAGAACAGAUAAAGCCCAGUGUAAGCCAGCCUCAGCCUGCCAACUCUAAUAACGGCACUUCCACAGCAACCAGCACUAAUAAUAAUGCCAAGCGAGCCACAGCCAACAAUCAGCAGCAGCAGCCGCAGCCACAGCCGCAGCCGCAGCAGCACCCGCAGCAGCCGCCGCAGCCGCAGCCGCCAACACAGGCCUUGCCUCGGUACCCCCGGGAAGUUCCGCCUCGAUUUCGCCACCAGGAGCAUAAGCAGCUUCUAAAGAGGGGUCAGCAUUUUCCCGUCAUAGCAGCAAACCUGGGAUCUGCUGUUAAAGUGUUAAGCAGCCAGUCAGAAAGCAGUGCUUUAACAAAUCAACAGCCACAAAAUAACGGAGAGGUGCAGAUCAGCAAAAACCAGUCAGAUAUAAACCACAAUACUUCAGGAUCCCAUUAUGAAAAUUCAGAGCGGGGACUUGUGUCUUCUACAAGUGACUCUAGUACAAACUGUAAGAAUGCUGUUGUGAACGACUCCCCUGAAAAAGAAGCAUGGCCUUCAGUCCCUGGCAGUGAACCAGAGUUGGUUUCAGAAUGUAUGGAUGCUGAUUCUGCCUCCAGUUCUGAAUCAGAGCGACACAUCACUAUCAUGGCUUCAGGGAGCGCAGGCGGUGAAAACGAUGGCCUUCGGAACAGCACUGGACUUGGAUCCCAAAACAAGUUUGUGGUUGGUAGCAGCAGCAAUAAUGUGGGCCAUGGAAGCAGUACUGGGCCGUGGGGUUUUUCCCACGGAGCCAUAAUAAGCACAUGUCAGGUGUCUGUGGAUGCUCCUGAAAGCAAAUCAGAAAGUAGCAACAAUAGAAUGAAUGCUUGGGGCACUGUAAGUUCUUCAUCAAAUGGAGGGUUAAAUCCAAGCACUUUGAAUUCAGCUAGCAACCAUGGUGCCUGGCCAGUAUUAGAGAACAGCGGACUUGCCCUAAAAGGGCCUGUAGGGAGCGGUAGUUCUGGCAUCAAUAUUCAGUGCAGUACCUUAGGCCAGAUGCCUAACAAUCAGAGUAUUAACUCUAAAGUGGGUGGUGCUUCCACCCAUGGUACCUGGGGAAGCCUUCAGGAAACUUGUGAAUCUGAAGUAAGUGGUACACAGAAGGUUUCAUUCAGUGGUCAACCUCAAAAUAUUACCACUGAAAUGACUGGACCAAAUAACACUACUAACUUUAUGACCUCUAGUUUACCAAACUCCGGUUCAGUACAGAAUAAUGAACUGCCUAGUAAUACAGGGGCCUGGCGUGUGAGCACAAUGAAUCAUCCUCAGAUACAGGCUCCCUCGGUUGUAAACGGCACUUCCCUUUCUCACCUUAGCAAUGGAGAGUCAAAAAGUGGAGGCUCUUACGGUACUACAUGGGGUGCCUAUGGUUCUAAUUACUCUGGAGACAAAUGUUCAAGCCCUAAUGGCCAAGCUAAUGGUGACACUGUGAACGCAACUCUAAUGCAGCCUGGCAUAAACGGGCCUGUGGGCACUAACUUUCAAGUUAACACAAAUAAAGGAGGAGGCGUGUGGGAGUCUGGAGCAGUGAAUUCCCAGAGUGCAUCCUGGGGAAAUGGUGCAAAUUCUGGAGGAAGUCGAAGAGGAUGGGGAACUCCUGCACAAAACACUGGCACUAAUAUACCCAGCGUGGAAUGGAACAAACUGCCUAGCAAUCAGCAUUCCAAUGACAGUGCAAACGGCAACGGUAAGAAGUUUACAAACGGAUGGAAAUCUACUGAGGAAGAGGAUCAGGGUUCUGCCACAUCUCAGACAAAUGAGCAAAACAGUGUGUGGGCCAAAACGGGAGGUGCAGUGGAGAGUGAAGGUAGCACAGAAAGCACUGGACGCCUCGAGGAGAAAGGGACUGGGGAGAAUCAGAGUAGAGACAGAAGGAAGAUGGAUCAGCACACGUUACUCCAAAGCAUAGUGAACAGAACGGACUUAGAUCCACGUGUCCUGUCCAACUCUGGUUGGGGACAGACUCCUAUUAAGCAGAAUACUGCCUGGGAUACCGAAACAUCACCUAGAGGGGAGAGAAAGACUGACAAUGGGACAGAGGCCUGGGGAAGCUCUGCAACACAGACUUUUAACUCAGGGGCAUGUGUAGAUAAGACUAGCCCUAGUAGUAAUGAUACCUCAUCUGUAUCGGGGUGGGGAGAUCCCAAACCUGCUCUGAGGUGGGGAGAUUCCAAAGGCUCAAGCUGCCAGGGGGGAUGGGAAGAUGACUCUGCUGCUACAGGAAUGGUCAAGAGCAAUCAGUGGGGGAACUGCAAAGAAGAGAAGUCCGCAUGGAAUGAUUCGCAAAAGAACAAACAGGGAUGGGGUGAUGGGCAAAAGUCAAACCAAGGGUGGUCCGUCUCUGCCAGUGAUAACUGGGGAGAAACUUCAAGGAGUAACCAUUGGGGUGAGGCUAACAAGAAGUCUAGCUCAGGAGGUAGUGACAGUGAUAGGUCUGUUUCUGGUUGGAACGAACUCGGUAAAACUAGUUCUUUUACAUGGGGAAAUAACAUUAAUCCAAAUAAUUCAUCAGGCUGGGACGAAUCUUCUAAACCGAAUCCUUCCCAGGGAUGGGGAGACCCUCCAAAGUCUAAUCAGUCUCUAGGUUGGGGAGAUUCAUCAAAGCCAGUCAGUUCUCCAGACUGGAACAAGCAACAAGACAUUGUCGGAUCUUGGGGCAUCCCGCCAGCAACAGGCAAACCUCCUGGUACAGGCUGGCUGGGAGGACCUAUGCCAGCCCCAGCGAAAGAGGAAGAACCCACGGGCUGGGAGGAGCCAUCCCCAGAAUCCAUACGUCGCAAAAUGGAGAUUGACGACGGGACUUCAGCUUGGGGAGAUCCCAGCAAAUACAACUACAAAAAUGUGAACAUGUGGAACAAAAAUGUCCCAAAUGGCAGCAGCCGCUCAGACCAGCAAGCACAGGUACACCAGUUGCUACCGUCUGCAGGUGCCAUCUCAAACAAAGAGGCAAGCAGUGGCUCCGGCUGGGGUGAGCCCUGGGGGGAGACUUCAACUCCUGCCACAACUGUGGAUAAUGGUACUUCAGCCUGGGGUAAACCCGUAGACAGUGGGCCUAGCUGGGGCGAACCCAUUGCUGCGGCAUCCAGCACAUCCACGUGGGGUUCCAGCUCUGUUGGUCCACAAACAUUAAGCAAAUCUGGGCCAAAAUCUAUGCAAGACGGCUGGUGUGGUGAUGAUAUGCCCCUGCCUGGAAAUCGCCCCACUGGCUGGGAAGAGGAAGAGGAUGUAGAGAUUGGAAUGUGGAAUAGUAAUUCAUCUCAAGAGCUUAAUUCAUCUUUAAAUUGGCCACCAUAUACAAAGAAAAUGUCUUCGAAGGGUCUGAGUGGCAAAAAAAGGAGAAGGGAAAGGGGAAUGAUGAAAGGUGGAAACAAACAAGAAGAAGCAUGGAUAAAUCCAUUUGUUAAACAGUUUUCAAAUAUCAGUUUUUCGAGAGACUCGCCAGAAGAAAAUGUACAGAGCAAUAAGAUGGACCUUUCUGGAGGAAUGUUACAAGACAAACGAAUGGAGAUAGAUAAACAUAGCCUAAAUAUUGGUGAUUACAAUCGAACGGUCGGGAAAGGCCCUGGUUCUCGGCCUCAGAUUUCCAAAGAGUCUUCCAUGGAACGCAAUCCUUAUUUUGAUAAGGAUGGCAUUGUAGCAGAUGAAUCCCAAAACAUGCAGUUUAUGUCCAGUCAAAGCAUGAAGCUUCCCCCUUCAAAUAGUGCACUACCUAACCAGGCCCUGGGCUCCAUAGCAGGGCUGGGUAUGCAAAACUUGAAUUCUGUUAGACAGAAUGGCAAUCCCAGUAUGUUCGGUGUUGGGAACACAGCAGCACAACCCCGGGGCAUGCAGCAGCCUCCAGCACAACCUCUCAGCUCAUCUCAGCCUAAUCUCCGUGCUCAAGUGCCUCCUCCAUUACUCUCCCCUCAGGUUCCAGUUUCAUUGCUGAAGUAUGCACCAAACAACGGUGGCCUGAAUCCGCUCUUUGGCCCUCAACAGGUAGCCAUGCUGAACCAGCUAUCCCAACUAAACCAGCUUUCUCAGAUCUCCCAGUUACAGCGAUUGUUAGCGCAGCAGCAAAGGGCGCAGAGUCAGAGAAGCGUGCCUUCUGGGAACCGGCAGCAGCAAGACCAGCAGGGUCGACCUCUUAGCGUGCAGCAGCAGAUGAUGCAACAAUCUCGUCAACUUGAUCCAAACCUGUUGGUGAAGCAACAAACUCCGCCAUCUCAGCAACAGUCACUCCAUCAGCCAGCCAUGAAGUCUUUCCUUGAAAAUGUCAUGCCCCACACUACACCUGAGCUGCAAAAAGGGCCAUCACCAAUAAAUGCUUUCAGCAACUUCCCUAUAGGCUUGAACUCAAACUUGAAUGUAAAUAUGGAUAUGAGCAGUAUUAAAGAGCCACAGUCAAGACUAAGGAAGUGGACUACAGUGGACAGCAUUUCUGUGAACACAUCUUUGGAUCAAAACUCCAGCAAACAUGGUGCUAUUUCAAGUGGUUUCAGGCUGGAAGAGUCUCCGUUUGUUCCCUAUGACUAUAUGAACAGCAGUACUUCACCAGCCAGUCCUCCAGGUUCAAUAGGAGAUGGCUGGCCACGUGCCAAAUCGCCUAACGGCUCUAGCAGUGUUAAUUGGCCACCAGAAUUUCGCCCUGGUGAACCAUGGAAAGGUUAUCCAAACAUUGACCCUGAAACUGACCCUUACGUCACUCCUGGCAGUGUCAUAAACAAUCUUUCAAUUAAUACUGUGCGGGAAGUUGACCACCUCAGGGACAGGAACAGUGGGUCGUCCUCAUCCUUGAACACCACGCUGCCUUCAACUAGUGCCUGGUCAUCCAUUCGUGCCUCCAACCACAGCGUUCCCCUCAGCAGCACAGCACAGAGCGCCUCAGCCAGAAAUAGUGAUUCCAAAUUGACAUGGUCCCCUGGUUCAGUUACAAACACCUCUCUGGCUCAUGAGCUGUGGAAGGUCCCUCUGCCACCUAAAAACAUCACUGCUCCGUCCCGCCCACCUCCGGGACUGACUGGUCAGAAGCCACCCUUGUCUUCGUGGGAUAAUUCUCCCCUUCGAGUAGGUGGAGGAUGGGGAAAUUCUGACGCCAGGUAUACCCCAGGUUCCAGCUGGGGUGAGAGCAGCUCAGGGAGAAUAACAAAUUGGCUUGUUCUAAAAAACCUUACACCUCAGAUUGAUGGCUCAACUCUGCGUACUCUGUGCAUGCAGCAUGGCCCACUGAUAACAUUCCACCUGAACCUCCCACAUGGAAACGCUUUGGUCCGUUACAGUUCAAAAGAAGAGGUAGUGAAGGCACAAAAGUCUCUGCACAUGUGUGUACUGGGGAACACUACUAUUCUUGCUGAGUUUGCCAGUGAAGAGGAGAUCAGUCGUUUCUUUGCACAAAGUCAGUCUCUGACCCCUUCUCCCAGCUGGCAGUCUCUCGGGUCCAGCCAGAGCCGGCUGGGCUCCCUCGACUGUUCCCACUCAUUCUCCAGCCGGACCGAUCUCAAUCACUGGAAUGGUGCUGGGCUGUCGGGAACUAACUGUGGAGACCUUCAUGGCACUUCCCUCUGGGGGACCCCACAUUAUUCCACAAGCCUGUGGGGUCCUCCCAGCAGCAGCGACCCCCGGGGAAUUAGCAGCCCAUCCCCCAUUAAUGCUUUUCUUUCUGUUGACCACCUGGGUGGGGGUGGAGAGUCCAUGUAACGGUGUAGACUAGGCUCACGAACUUCGACCUCAAGCCGCGAAAGAAAGGAGCACUAAGUUGGGCUCGCCGCCUGCAGCCAGGGGCCACCUGUGGGAACAGCUAUUCUCUGCACAUUUUCCACUUUGUUUUCCCUGAAACAUAUCAGUUUGAAUACUUGAAUCAUGCAGGCCAAUAUUAUAAUGUGAAAAGGUAUCUAUCUAUUUACACUCCCAAAUAGCGCCAUACAUGCUAAGCCGUGUAGAAUGAGCUCACUUGUGUACACUCAUCAUGUUUAGCCUUUGAGUUCUCUUUUUUUUUCUCCCCCCUUCCUACCCCUACCCCCCAUUCAUUCUUUUUCUCUUCUUUUUGCAAACAAGUUUUUUGGGCUGAUAAUGUAUGAGCUUUUAACUUUGCACUGAAGGGUGUUCUCUCCGUCUACUCGGCAAUAUGGGGAGGGCAGCCGUUCCAGUGUAAAUGUUUACUCAAGGAUGUUCUUAAGGUGUGCGCUCUCUACUAUGCCUUGAUGUUUGCCUACCUUAUUGUGGUAUCGUGGAGUUUAAAAGAUCAAGUUAUGAUACUGACUUAGGACUAUAAAUGAAAGUAUUGCACCAGUUUUUUCAUGUUAUAAAACUAAAGAAUUUCACUCUGCAGUUUGAAAAACUGUGGCCACAGCUGUGACUUGCAGCCCACCUGCCACCCAGGACGGGCCCUGCACUUUGAAUAGGCUUUCCAUUUUGUUUUGAAGGUUCCCACGUUGAGCCUUCUUGUUUACAGAUUUUUUUGUUUGUUUUUUGAGAAAAAAAAAAAAAAUGUUUACUCUUCCAUCAUUUAAAAAAAAAUUAAAAGACAAAAAAAAAAAAUGGAGGAUGAUUUAAAAGAUGCUUUCUAUCUCUGGGAAAAAGGAGCAGCAUUUGGCCAUGUUCUUUUGUUUUUCUAUUCCUGUCCUAAAUCAAAGAGCAUGGUUCUCAGGAAAACCAGUUCCCCAGUUUAAAAAAACAAAAAAAAAAAACCACAAAAAAAAAACUCCUUGUAGUUUCUUAUAGGAAAAAAGAAAAACCCCAACUUUUAGCACUGAUACUACAUAUUGCUCUGUUUAAGAAUUUUCUCUGCCAAAAAAAAAAAGAAAAGAAAAAAACAAAAAAAUGCUUAAAGCUGGAGUUUGAGAUUCUGCUUUCAGAUGCUGUCUUUUUAUUAGUGAGUGAUGAUGGUUUGCUAAUAAUCAAUAGGUAAUAAUUUUUUGUAAUCCCAUCAAGUGGCUCUCUGUUUCCGCUCUCGUGACUGUGUUAAUGUUUAACUGUUGUACCUUAAAAGCCGAAAUCAGUAACUAUGCAUACUGUAACCAAGAUAUUGGGCUUACAGAAUUGUUCGUUGUAUAAAGAAAAUUUUAAAUGUUGUUGCAAACUAACGAGUUACACCAUUUUUAAAAUUUCUUUCUCGCCACCCCCCCCCCCCCCUUUUUUUGCCCACAAAUGGUAUUAUAAUGCUUGCUUAGUCAAAGAAGAGAGACUAAACAAGGGUAAAAAUUUUAACAGUACAGAAUUUGCCAUCAUUUCAUUGCCUUGAUUCUAACUGUUUGUGUCCUAAGAUGCAAAAGAAGUCAGUGGCUUUUAACUGUUUACAAAUAGAAUGUGAUUGUAAAAUGUACAGUUUGGUUGUGUUUGAAUUAUGAACUUUCUUCAGAUAUAAUAAACCAUGACUUUUUGGCUGCUCAACA